AUGUGUCAUCGUACAUUCAUCCCAAAUUAUAACUUUUGUUUUUAUAUACAACCGAUAGAUGAAAACAACAGAAAAAUAACUUUAAAUUUAUGGAAUGAAAAAGUCAAUGAAUUCAAAGGAAAAAAAGAGGAUAUUAAUGCAAUUAAAAAUGCCAAAAUUGGAGAGUAUAAUUACAUUAAAAAUGUAUCUUUAAUCAAUUCAUCUAGAGUAUCGAUAAAUCCAGGCGUUCCCGAAGCGACAAAAAUAAGAGAAUAG